AUGGAAUGUCUUCUGGAGGCUGAUCCACCACCCACAAUCGCUUGGCAGCAUGCAGGAAACGUCAUCUCGCCAUCGGCUUGGGUCCUACAGGUUCUAAUUCCGAUGGGAGGUAUCCUCUACAAGGCCAACUUGAUCAUUAAGGUUUGUCCACGUCUACUA